AUGAUAAAUUACAACAAAACUAGUCUGUAUUUCAGCAGGUUUACUCCUACUCCACUUCGGACCAAGCUGAGUUCAGUGAUAGGGGCAGAAGAGGCUCAACAAUACGAUAGAUACUUGGGUUUACCGGCCAUGGUGGGAAGAUCUAAACGGAAUGCAUUCAGUUAUUUGGUGGAGAAAGUGAGAAAGAGAAUUACGAGUUGGUCGCAUCGCCAUCUAUCUCAGGCAGGGAAGGAGAUUUUGGUGAAGGCCGUGUUACAGGCGAUUCCUACAUAUGCAAUGCAAUUAUUCAAGCUACCACAGAGUUUACGUAAUGAGCUCGAUCAACUGUUGCGUCAAAUAUGGAGGGGGAGUAAUUCUAAUCAGAAGGUUCAUUGUUGGCUUGCUUGGACGAAACUGUGUUCACCAAAGAGUGUUGGAGGGAUGGGAUUUCAUAAUUUUGAAGCUUUCAAUGAAGCCUUGCUAAACAAGGACGGAGGAUUUUUACAAAUCCAAAUUCCUUGCCCAGUAAGGUUUUGCAAGCCAAAUAUUUUCGCAGCUCAGAUUUUUGAAGUGUCAAGAAAUGAUAAUUGGCUCUCAAUGCCUCUUAUUUAUGGAGAUAUAGCAAGGCAUUUAGGCUUCCAGAGGAGUUCUUGUGUGAGUUCACUGAUAGAUUGGGAAGUUGGGUGGUGGAAUAUCAGUCUAAUUGAGCAGGUCUUUCAUUCGGAAGAAGGCCAGAUGAUCUUAAAACAGUCAUUGGGUUCCAGAUUUAUCUAUGAUUCGGUAUGCUGGUCAGGGACUACAAAUGGGCAAUAUUCUGUGAAGAGUGGGUAUCAUAGGGCUAUGAAAAUCAGAGGUAGGAGUUUGGCGACAUCUUCUAAUAGUAAUAACAAUGGGCAAUCUCAUUUGUGGCAGUCUAUUUGGUCAUUGUGUGUUCUCUGCAACAGUGGAAGAAACCUCCGAGAGAUUGUAUUAAGGCGAACUAGGAUGCAACAUUAG